AUGGCGAAUGGCGCGGUGGAGAGAGAAAGUGGGGGUGGGUCGGCGAUGUUGUUCAGCGAGGACGAGCUGAGAGAGAUGAGUGGAGUGAAGAGCGGCGAGGAGUUUGUUGAGGUGACGUGUGGGUGUACCAGCCACCGAUACGGCGACGCUGUGGGUAGGCUUAGGGUUUUCCUCAACGGCGAUCUCGAAAUCGCCUGCGAGUGCACUCCUGGUUGCCAAGAAGACAAGUUGACUCCUGCUGCAUUUGAAAAGCAUUCUGGAAGAGAAACAGCUAGGAAAUGGAAGAACAAUGUUUGGAUCAUGGUCAAUGGGGAGAAGGUUCCACUGGCAAAAACUGUGUUGCUGAAGUACUACAAUCAAGCUUCAAAAAAUGCUAAUGGCUCACACAAGUCCAGCGGAAAAGUUUGUCAUCGUGAUGAGUUUAUCCGCUGUACCAAGUGCAACAAGGACCGAAGAUUCCGUCUGCGAUCGAAGGAGGAGUGCCGAGAACAUCAUGAUGCCUCGUUGGAUGAGAACUGGAAAUGUUCUGACCAUCCAUAUGACAGAAUAAAAUGCGAUAAUGACGAGGAACGAGCAAGUCGCAGAAUGUAUAGAGGCUGCUCCCGCUCCCCAACCUGCAAAGGUUGCACCUCAUGUGUGUGCUUUGGUUGCGAAAUAUGUCGCUUUACUGACUGCAGCUGCCAGACAUGCAGGGACUUCACAAGCAAUGCAAGAGCUCAAGUCUGAUGCAUUUGAUCUCGAUAUUGAUCAGGUUUUCAACAGGAUCCUCUUCAUGCUGCUCCUUUUCGAGGAAGCUACAAUUAACCAACAUCUCUUUUUCCCGAAGACUUUCUUGAAUUUGCCCACCAGCAUUUUGCAGCAUUGAUGUAAUUGACUGGCUAAAUCAUGAAAAAACAAAGCAUUUGUUUCUCCUCAUCAGAAGUUUCUUUAUGCACCGGCAGGGUUUUGGUAUGCGAAUCUGUUAGGCUGCUUAAGCUUACCUCGUUGUUGGGUCCCAAUAUAGUCGGAGAUUAUGCUUAAUAAGUCACACUAUGCAGCAUCAAAUUUGAUGAGCAGGAGAAGAUUUGUUGAGUAAUCAAAAAUGGACAUGGAUCAAUAUCCAGUGA